AUGUGGGAGGGGGCAGGCAAUGCGUGUGAGAUGAGCAACACGGAUGCGGGUGAGCGUGACGCAGGCGUGAGCGAAACAUGGAGGCGACACGGCCGUCGUGGCAAUGCGGACGACGCAGGCGACGGGCGGUGGGCGCUGCGGGGGACGACGGGGACGUGGGCGAAGGCGAACGAUGACGGCCGCGCGCGCAAGCGCGAUGACGCCGCGUGGACCGAGGGUGGAGCGCAAGCGGUGCAUGCGGGGACGUGGGCGAGGGCGAGGGCGACGCGGGCAAGGGAUGAGGCGGAGACGGCGUGGUGGAGAGACGGCCAAGGUGGGCGCGAGGGCGCGGAGGGUCAAGGGCGCGAGGUCGGGGAAGUUGCCGGCGCGGGUGGAACCUGGAAGGGGGAGGCGACGCAGGGAGCAUAG